AUGAGUGCGCUUCUCGAUGAAAGAUUGGAUUCCGUAUAUUCUGAUUUACAUGAUAAUUUUGAAACUUUGAGUAACCAUGUCAAGAAAUUGGAUAGCCAAGUUGCGCAUAACGCUGGGCUUGUUAGAAGAGAUGAAGGAUUCCUUCCUGGAAAAACUGACACCAACCCGAGACGCCAAGUUUGUGCUGUGUUACUAAGAAGCGAAAAACGCCUUUCCCCGAGCACUGUAGAAAUCACUUCUGCAAAAAAAACCCCUGAAGCUGAAAAGGCAACGAUUAACCUCGAUGAAGAAGAGGAGGAGUCAGAAGAAGAUGUGAAAAUCGACCGACAAGAACGGAAUAAUGUCGAUCGACCGACUACGGUAAAUAUCGAUCGACAAGAAGGGAAUAAUGUCGAUCGACACUCUACUCCUGCCACGCCGGCAGUUGAGAGAGUGUAUAGGAAUUUGCCACCCUUUCCUCCUAACAAGACGCAAACUAAGCGAGAAUUAGUUAAAGCGAUCUGCAAGAAAGCAUUCGAUAAAAUCACGUUGGAAAUGCCACUAAGUGAUGCCAUAAAAGUGGCACCUUCGAUUAAGAAAUAUGUAAAAGACAUGGUAUCCAACGGCUUCCCAGCUGCUGAACAUAACGUCAUGAUGGUUUCAGAGGAAGUAAUAGCAAUAAACCAAGGCAAAACCCCGAUCAAGAGACCUGAUACGGGCAGUUUUGUUCUAGAUUGCAACAUACAAGACAAGAGUUUUCCUCGAUCCCUUUGUGACCUAGGAUCCAGUGUGAAUCUUAUGCCACACUCUGUCGCGAUAUCCCUAGGUUACGACGAGUUUAAACCCACCAAAAUAACUUUGGUUCUUGCCGGUAGAUCCGUUAGAGUACCUGAGGGAGUACUAGAUGACAUUCCGAUAAGAAUUAAUGACUGUCACGUACCAACGGAUUUCGUUGUGUUGAAAUACCAGAAUGAACCAAAAGAUCCUCUCAUCUUAGGUAGACCAUUUCUAGCUACCGCUGGUGCAAUCAUCGACGUCAAGGAAGGUCGAAUAUGUUUAAACAUUGGAAACAUUCCAAUGACCUUCGAUAUGGAAAAACUGAUAAAACGACCUUUAAUCGAUUAA